CUUACUUGCAAAGGAUCCCGCGAUUCAAGAUUUGGUCGUGUUUGUCACUAAAGGUCUACAGUCGAAGCGUGUGAUUGCGAUAGAAAAAGCUACUCGGACCCAUGUCACUACCAAAGCGAAUUGUCAAGGAAACGGAGCGGCUAAUGGCCGAGCCUGCCCCAGGUAUCAGUGCCACACCUCACGAAGAUAAUCUCCGAUAUUUCGAUGUAGUUAUUGCUGGUCCCCAACAGUCUCCCUUUGAAGGUGGAGACUUUAAACUCGAACUUUUCCUUCCCGAGGAAUAUCCGAUGGCACCACCAAAAGUUCGCUUCUUGACCAAGAUCUAUCAUCCAAAUAUCGACAAACUUGGCCGCAUUUGUCUGGAUAUACUGAAAGAUAAAUGGUCUCCAGCUCUUCAAAUUCGCACAGUAUUACUAUCAAUACAAGCUCUACUGUCUGCUCCCAACCCGGACGAUCCAUUGGCGAAUGACGUGGCACAACAUUGGAAGGAGAACGAAAAGGCGGCAAUCGCAACAGCACGCGACUGGACGGCCCAGUAUGCUCGCGGAUGAGAUUCACAAAAGUUGCUGGAUAGGGCGAGGAAGUUAAAAGAUGGCCCAAUUGUAUGUCGUGGCUGGCAUAUUUUAAUGAGCAUGAUACCACAAAUAACGGAGUGGCAAAGUACAAUUUCAUAUUUGAAGCGUUGCAGUAAUGCUUCCACA